AUGGAGCGCCCAAAGACGCCGCCGCCGACUUCACGGCCGUCCGCCAAGUCGCCACUCACACCGGACCAGCGCAAGCGCAUAGAAGAAAAUCGAUUAAAAGCCAAGGCGAUUCGCGAUCAACGAGAAGCUGAGCAACGAGCGGCAGGCACUGCGCCAUCGGUCCCCAAGACGGCCUCUGGCUUCGUCCCGACCGAUGACGUCUACGUCUCCAAACCAGCCAACGGCAAGCGUCCUCUCGCCACCGCCGCCGCCGCCGCCGACACGGGCACGAACCGCGAUGGCCGCGACCGCGGCGACGAGUCGAAGCUGCGGCCCGCCAAGAAAUUUGCCAAGUUUGUCGACUACAACAUGAGCGCCAUGACGGACACCAAGGGCGGCUUCCUGUCCGCCGAGGACGACCCGCACAACCGCGCGCUGGGCGGCGGAGCGCCCAAGCCCGGCGACGACCAGCAGCCGCAGCGGCCCAAGGACAUGACGAUGCAGGAGUGGGAGAAGCUGCAGCUGCUGCGGACGCUGCGGCGGCAAAAGGCUGGCCCGUUUGAGCCAGGCAUCAGCGUCCUCGACGACAAGACGACGAGGAAGAAGUGUCGCGAGUGCGGGAGCCUCGAGGUGGACUGGGUGUGGGAAGAGGUCUUUCAUCUUUGCGUGUGCAACAAGUGCAAGAAUAACCUGCCAGACAAGUAUUCGCUCUUGACCAAGACGGAGUGCAAGCAGGAUUACUUGCUCACAGAUCCUGAACUGCGAGACCCAGAACUGCUUCCCCAUCUAUCCAAGCCCAACCCGCACAAGUCGCACUGGCACGACAUGAUGCUGUUUCUGCGGUGCCAGGUGGAAGAGUACGCGCUCACGACGAAAUGGGGCUCGUCCGAGGCCCUGGACGCCGAGUACGAGCGCCGCGAGACGCUGAAAAAGGCCCGCAAGGAGCGCCAGUUUAGGGAGAAGCUGACGGAUCUCAAGCGCAAGACGCGGACGGACGCGUUCCGCCGGCAGGCCGGCAACUUGGGCAAGACGGGCGCCAGCAAGUUUGGCGACGCAGUAGGUGGAAACGGCAAGCACGUCCAUGAAUGGGGGCGGACGAUUGAGAAUGAGCACGGCAUGACGGUCAAGACGUGCACGGCGUGCGGGAUGGAAGUGGAGGAGCUGGAGCUGUAA